ACACCUCUUUUCCCCUCUGUUUGCUCUACCCCAAGAAAAACCCACAACCACCUGAGAUCCGCCGUGCUCUGCUACUCCUCCGCCGCCGCGUUUCUGCUGUGUUGGUUCUUGAUUUAUACUGUCCGGAGUUUUUUUGUGACAGUUUCACCCCUGUUGUUGACAUCAAGAACGUAUUCAGAUACUGAAACGAAAUCAGCAUAUAUACACAAAAAAAUGGGUCAAUUAUGUGAUUUCUGCGGUGAUCAAAGACCGAUGAUCUACUGUAGAUCCGAUGCAGCUUCACUAUGUCUAUCCUGCGACCGAAAUGUUCAUUCCGCAAACGCCCUUUCGAAGCGCCACACGAGAACCCUUUUAUGCGAACGGUGCAACUGUCAGCCUGCAACUGUGAGGUGCAGCGAAGAAAAGAUGUCGCUCUGUCAAAACUGCGAUUGGUCGGAGCAUUCUUCCCGUCCUUCAACCGCCGACCACAAAAGACAAACAAUCAAUUCUUACACGGGUUGUCCCACAGCAACCGAGUUUUCAAGAUUCUGGUCCUUCUUCUCGGUUGACCGUUCAAUUCACGACCCUGAAGAAGGUUCGAUGAUUCUUGAAGAAGGCAAAAGCAUGAAGAUUGAUUGUACGAUAGAAGAUGCUUCUGACGUUGAGCGAUUUCGUGAUAGUGAAUCGUUGAAUCCUCUUAAUCAGAAGGCAUCUUCAACGAGAGUAAAGCAUCUCGAACCAGUUAACGAUGCUCUCUACCAAGAACUCGAGAUCUCGGAUAUGGAGUUGAGUAUGGAGGACUACGACGCUAUUUUUGACGAAUCUUUUGAUGGCUCCCAACAAUUUUUCGAGAACGGUGGAAUUAAUAGCCUGUUCGAAAUCGGAAACUCGAAUAACGAUGAAUGCAAACCUCAGCGUCUACAAGUGCCCAAGGUCUCGAGCUCAAAGAGUGAAACUGCCGACUCAAUUACUAGCUCGGAUUUAAACGUUUGCUUUCCGAGACCAGCGCAAUCUACUCUAUCGGUUUCAAAUGGGUGUGACAUUGGAGAUUACCCGGAGUGUGGAGACUUUUCGAUGGUUAUGACAGACGAACAUCCGUGUAAUAGUCUUUAUCCCGAUAAUCAGCUGCCAUCGGCUUGGAGGGAUGGUGCAGUUUUGCGGUACAGAGAGAAAAAGAAGGCUCGCAAGUUCGACAAAAAAAUAAGGUACGCCUCUCGCAAGGAGAGAGCUGACGUAAGGAAGCGUGUGAAGGGUCGUUUUGUGAAAGCGGGCGAUCCGUAUGAUUAUGAUCCUUUGAACUCGACAGUAAACCAGUGAGGAUAUUCGGUUUUUUUUUCUUCACUCGGUAAGACAUUUUCUGGAGGUUCAGACAACCUAUUUUUUUUGUUUUGGAGGAAAUACAAAAGACAGAUCGUACGAUUUCCCUGUUGUGUGUACUUUCGAUUGUACAUAAAGACCCGCACCUCGAUCGCGGUGGUGAUGGAAGAUUGUAACUUAAUGUAGAAAAUCAGAAACAACAAAAUUUUGUCUUGCUACUUUUGUGCGUUUGCGUUACGCGAUUGCACGGUUGUGUUUAGUGACUCAGACGCUUUUGUAAUAUCGAAACUAACUGCUUAGUUAUUCUGUAUACCAAACAUGAAAGUUGUAUAUAUUUUCGCCAUGUAUUGAUUA